GGGCUUCCGCGGCGGAAGCUGGGAGGACAGCGGGGGCGGAGGUGUCUCCGGGGAGGAAGGCCCGGCCUGUGCGGAGGCUCCUCUGGGAGAAAAGACGCAGCGAGAGUCCCCGGGGAAUCCCCCACCCGCCCCCAGUCGGGGACCCCGUCGCGCCUGCUCGGGACGAGCUCCAGGCGCCAGUUGCUAUAGGCAACCAGCUCUGGUGACCAACUGGUCCCGGUUGCCCGGGUUAUGCUGGUUUAGCGCUGGCAGGAUCGCGGGCCCGCAGCCCGCCGAGGUGACGCUAUCCUGCCCCCUGCGGCUCCACCCAGAGUAGGCCCGGGAGACUUUUUAAUAUGGGGCUUUUUCUUUUUUUUAACACUACCUGUUUAAUAUUAGGGUGAAGGCACCCCGCAGACACUCUCCCGACCAAGCCCUGGCAUGUCAGCACUUCAGUGGAGCCUUCCUUCCUAAAGAGCCUCGUGGUGGAUCAGCUGUUUGCCUUCCCCAUUCAACGGGAAGGAUGAAAGCUCUACCUAAAAACAGGAUGUGAGCGGAAGAGACCUGUCAUUGUGAGUCUGGCUGCUGCUUGUCACUGAUGUCAUCCCCAGGGUGACAUGACCUCGUAACCAUAAACCUAAGUGGCUGCAGUUAAGAUGAAAACGGUACGGCACUCGGAACAGACACUUAGAACAGCUCUCAUCUCAAAGAACCCAGCACUUGUGUCCCAGUAUGAGAAGUUCGAUGCAGCAGAGCGGCGUUUGAUGAACGAAGCCUUCCGACCAGCCAGCGAUCUCUUCGGGCCCAUCACCUUGCAUUCGCAGUCAGAUUGGAUCGCCUCCCAUCCUGAGCCUCCCCAAGACUUUGAAGAGUUUUUCAGUGAUCCUUCCAGAAAGACACCCUCUCGAGAGAAACACAGGAUUUAUAUACAGUGCAUUGGAUCUCUAGGAAAUACCAGAAUUAUCAGCGAAGAAUAUGUUAAAUGGCUCAAGGGCUACUGUGAAGCAUUUUUCUAUGGCUUAACAGUGAAACUCCUAGAACCAGUCCCUGUCUCUGCAACAAGGUGUGCCUUCAGAGUCAAUGAUAGCACGGAGAACCUACAGAUACAUGCAGGGCACAUCCUGCACUUCUUGAAAAAGAAGAAACCUGAAGAUGCCUUCUGCAUUGUGGGAGUAACGAUGAUUGAUCUUUACCCCAGAGACUCCUGGAAUUUCGUCUUUGGACAGGCCUCUUUGACAGAUGGUGUGGGGAUAUUCAGCUUUGCCAGGUAUGGCGGUGACUUUUACAGCUCAAGCUACAAAGGCAAAGUGAAGGCGUCGCAGAGACAGUCUUCGCGUGACUAUUCGGUGUUUGAUAACUAUUACACUCCUGAAGUGACCAGUGUUCUGCUGCUUCGGUCCUGCAAGACUUUAACCCACGAGAUUGGACACAUAUUUGGACUUCGACACUGCCAGUGGCUGGCAUGCCUAAUGCAAGGCUCCAACCACUUGGAAGAAGCUGACCGGCGCCCCCUAGAUCUGUGUCCCAUCUGUUUACGCAAGUUGCAAUGUGCUAUUGGCUUCAACAUUGUAGAAAGAUACCAAGCACUGGUGAGGUGGAUUGAUGAUGAAUCUGCUGACACACCCCGAGUUACUCCGAAACAUAGUCAUGACGGUAAUGUGAAUUUGCCCAAACCUGUGGAAGCCUUUAAGGAGUGGAAAGAGUGGAUAAUAAAAUGCCUUGCUGUUGUCCAAAAAUAAGAACCUUCAAAUAGGAGUAAUUAAAAUCCUUGCACAUCAUGCUUUCUUUUGUAUGGAGUGCUUCAUUGGAAUAAACUGUUUACUGAUUCUGCCCUGUA